AUGUCAGACAGUAAAACGUCCCUUCGCAUAGACUGGUUUGACGGAAGUCUAAUACAAGAUACAAGACAAAAUGCAAGCACCUCACAAUUUGAUGAUAAAGAGUCAACAGAAACACAAACACCAUCCAGAAUUGUAGACGUGGAGAGAAAGCCUAUUGGUUUUAAAAGAUUGAUGGAUCUAUCUCUCCUAAAACCUCCAAUACUAAACUUAGAAAUAUCUCACAGACCUGGUUUCUGGCAUCUUUUCGAUUCCGAACUGAAAGGGGAUUUUAUUGUUUUAAUCGUAAAAAUACUAAGCAUUGUAUAUACUACUUUAGAAUCAGGAGAAAAAUCGAAGCUUGCAAUGUUACUUCAAACAAGAUUUGUGAAAUCUCCUUUUAUGAUUAACCUAAAAAAGUAUUUAAGUAAUUUGCCUAGUGUAAGGAUUGUUGAAAAAAGGUUAAAUAUGCAAUUGUGGAAUGAUGCUGAAACCUUUUAUUUAAAUGUUUAUGAGUUAUGUGAAGGUAUGUUUAAAUUUUAUAAAAGUGACAUUGAAAUAUUAAUAGAAAUAUUAGACUUAUUGGAAAUUACUGAAACUAGUGCUGUAGGUGUAAGAGAACAACAUACGGAGACUAUUAGAGAUAGUUUGUUCACACAAAUAGAUGAACUGAAAAAGGAUAUUUUGGAAACUAUCACUGAGAAAAAUAAUGAAACUCUGCAAUCAAGAUCUGAACAGUACAAGGAGGAUCCUACAAAUUUCAAAAAUUUACAAAUUUUUCCCACUAAAGAUGACCUCCUUUAUGACAGUAGAAUUAAAAUACAGCCAAAUAUAAUAAAUGGUGCUUACCCAAGUGUGGAACAUUAUUUGGAUCUGCAGUUUAAGUUGUUACGAGAAGACUGCUUUGCACCCUUACGAGAAGGAAUAUGUAAAUAUAUGGAAAAUCCAUCCAAGCGAAAACAUGAAAACAUAAGAGUGUACCCUAAGGUUCGAAUUAUUAGAACAUAUGUAAGCAACAACAAGGUUGGCCACCUCGUUGACAUAGCGUGGCAGGAUCGCCUCACGAACGGAGUUAUUGACAAAAAGCAGUAUGCUCUUAAUAAAAGGUUGAUGUUUGGAUCACUACUUCUCUUCACCAGUGAUCAGUUUGAGACCAUACUGUGUGCAUCUGUGUUGGAUUCCAAUUCACACCUUCUUGGCGACGGUUAUAUUGUUGUGUCUUUCCAAAAUCCCGUAUCUAACAACAUAUAUUCAGAACAGUACCUGAUGGUAGAAAGUGAAGUAUUCUUUGAACCUUACCAUCGAGUAUUAAAAGUGCUGCAGAGUGCUAGGUUUGAUGACUUGCCAAUGAAGAAAUACAUUGUUGAUGUUCAGACUGAAGUUCAUCCGCCUGACUAUCUCACAUCUGAAACGGUUUACAUCAUACCUAGCCCUAAAGACCACGAGAAAAGUAGUUUUAAUGUUCUUGAAUUAGACAAUUGGCCAACCAAUGAAACCUUUGGCCUAGAUGAUUCUCAAAUGAGUGCCUUCAAAUUCGCUCUUACAAGACAAUUCGCCGUCAUACAAGGUCCACCUGGUACUGGCAAAACAUUCAUUGGGGUCAAAAUUGCAUCUAUGCUACUUAAGAAUUUGUCUCUAGAAGGCACUCCAAUGCUUGUGAUCUGCUAUACAAAUCACGCCCUUGAUCAAUUUCUAGAAGGCAUCCUAGAUAUAACAACGAAUGUUAUUAGAUUGGGAAGUCAAAGCAAAAGUAAUAUUUUACAAAAUUACAUUUUAAAUAAUAUGAGAGGAAGAAUCAAGUCAAAAUACUCUUACCUCUACGCUAGUAAGAGAGCAGAAUUAGAAAGGCUGUAUAAAGAAAUGACGGAUAUCCAAACUGAGGUAGAUAAAUGUGAAAACGAAAUUAUUUCUUAUACAACUCUCAAACCGUUUUUAAAAAUUAAUAACAAACCAUUUGAAUUAAAAACGUCUAGCGAAGAUUCUAUAAUUAGUUGGUUGUUUGGUCAUUUGGAUCAUACACCUGAGAAUCCAAAUGAUGAAGAGGAUUUAGAUGAUUGGGAGAAGCAAUGUGAAGAAUUAAGCAACAGUGAUCAAGUUGAAACAUGUUUUUCCGAAGAAUGGGCGCUAAAAGAAAUACAAUCAAUGAAAAACAGCAUUAAAUAUGUUGGGGAUUUGACAGAUGACAAAUAUAAAUCUCAAAAGAUGGUUGAAAAAUUACAAGAGCAAAUCACAAAACUUCGAAACAGGUUGAAUUAUUUUAAGAAAAUCAUGACAAUGGCACAUAAAGGAGAAUAUGCGAAAAACGAUGUAAUGGAAGUCGAAGAUUUGUAUCAGUUAUCUCCAGAGAAAAGAUGGUGCGUCUACUUCAACGCAACAGCAGGUUUAAAAGAUAAACUUAUGAACAAGAUGAAUAAUUUGAUGGAGCAACAUAACGCAUGUAGCGAAGAAUUGGAGGAAGUCAGCACAUUGCUGGACGGUGAGCUGGUGCGCACGGCCCGAGUGGUGGGGGUGACCACCAGCGCCGCCGCGAGGAGGCAUGACUUGCUGAGGAAACUGCUGUCACCGAUAGUAAUUGUUGAAGAAGCGGCAGAGGUUUUAGAAGCGCACAUAGUUGCUUCCCUCACAAACCACUGCAAACAUCUCAUACUAAUCGGCGAUCACAAGCAACUUCGCCCAACUGCCGCACAUUACAAACUGGCAAAAGACUACAAUCUGGAAAUAUCUCUUUUCGAACGCAUGCUCCGUAAUGGCGUACACGCGCGCACUCUCACUACACAGCGGCGAAUGCGUAGCAACUUUGCUCAGUUACUCGUGCCGAUCAUUUAUGAAAAACUGGAUUCCCAUCCUUCGGUACUGGCUUAUCCUGAUGUAAGGGGGAUGAAGGAUAAUUUAUACUUCUAUAAUCAUAAUGAAUUAGAAGAUUCUGAGGGCUUAGAAGAUAGCUGGAGUCACAAAAAUACAUUCGAGGCGAAAUGGUGUUUGGCGCUUGCGAGUUAUUUACGACAGAUGAAAUAUAAAGCUGAGGAAAUAACGGUACUGGCCACAUACACUGGACAGGCCACUCUUAUGAGAGACCUGAGCAAAAAAUAUGAUUUAUUGAAGGACGUCAAUAUCACCGUAGUCGAUAAUUACCAAGGCGAGGAGAACAGGAUAGUCAUAUUGUCUCUAGUAAGGAGUAACAGAGACGGCAAGAUUGGGUUUCUAAGUGCGGGAAACAGAAUUUGCGUGGCAAUGUCUCGAGCGAAAGAAGGUUUCUACAUUUUCGGUAACAUGGACGUGCUCCAAUCAGCGAGCUCGAUAUGGAGAUGUAUUGCUGAGAAAUUGAAGGCGCAAAACGCUAUAGGAAAAAUGAUUGUGCUGCGCUGUGAGACGCACAAACAAAAUACGUACAAAGUUGAAAAUCUCGAUGACUUCGAUAAUUGCUUUGCCCUGCGUGGAUCCUGUCUAAAAAGUUGUGGUUAA